CCAUCAAAUUCAGAAUAUCAAAAUCUAAUCCUUUAGACAGCUCCAAUGGCGAUUCUGUUAAACCCUUCGUCUCUCCUUUUACCCACAAAACCCUUUCUUCCAACUCGUCUCCGACUCACUCCACCUUCAACUCUGGGACUCAACUCGCUGACUCGCCGCCAUCCUUCACCACCAGCUCAUCCUCAUCGCAUCGUCAGAGCUGCAGCACUCGACAGUGACUAUUCGUCCAAGAGGAGCAGCAGCAAUGAGCCGAGGGAAACCAUAAUGUUGCCUGGAUGUGAUUAUAAUCAUUGGCUUAUUGUUAUGGAGUUCCCUAAAGACCCUGCUCCUACAAGGGAACAAAUGAUUGACGCUUAUCUCAACACACUUGCCACUGUUCUUGGCAGCAUGGAAGAAGCAAAGAAGAACAUGUAUGCGUUUAGCACCACUACCUAUACUGGGUUCCAAUGUACUGUAUCAGAAGAAACCUCUGAAAAAUUCAAGGGAUUGCCCGGAGUUCUUUGGGUGCUGCCAGAUUCCUACAUAGAUGUCAAAAAUAAAAAUUACGGAGGUGAUAAAUAUGUCAAUGGAGAAAUAAUUCCCUGCAAAUACCCUACGUAUCAACCAAAACCUAGAAAAGACUCAAAAUACGUGAGCAAACGAUAUGAGAGACGAAAAGAUGGCCCGCCUGCUGGACAAUACAGGCCAAAGCAAUCAGCGAGUCAAUCAGAACCAUCAUCCUAACAAGGUACAAGAAAUGCCUUUCUGUAAACAUUUUAGUUAUGGUGGUCUGAAGUUCGGUUUUCAUCACACAACUUGUUGUCUUUUGUGAAGAGUUCAUUGAUGUUUCACUGAAACGACAAGCCGUUUCCGGUAAGCUGAUAUUGCUAUUCCACAUGUUGUCCGAAGGCUUUUUCUGCGGUAUCAUAUAUAUGAUCUAUAAAUUUCCCCCUGUAAAAUCUGUGUUAGUUUAUUUAAGCAGGCAGAGAUAUACCUAUAAGAGUCAUUCGGAUGUUGUUAAUUGAACUUUCAAAAAAGAAGAAGAUGUUAAUUGAGAAAUAUGUUAGCAUCAUGUGUUUAACC